UGGACUUUGCAUGUUCUCCUUGUGCCUGCAUGGGUUUUUCUUCCAGGUACUCUAGUUUCCUCCCACACUGCAAAGACACGCUGAAAAUCGAUCAUAACAAUCAGGGGCGGACUGACAACUCAUGGGGCCCCCGGGCAAUAGGGGAUCAUGGGGCCCCUGUGUCCUUGCCCAAACUCAAAAAAGCCUAUGAAAAAGGUACCAGGGGCAUCUCAUGGGGCCCCCUACUGACCCUGGCCCUCAGGCAGUGCCCGAGUUUCCAAAUGGUCAGUCAGCCCCUG